AUGACAGUUCAAAACCCCUUCAGGCCCCUUUCAGUAACCCGUGAGUUUCUAUACUCGCGCGAGUUCCGGCCAGUCACUUCGAUAAAAUUUAUUCGUCCGGUCGGCAUUGAUGGCGUCUCCUGCCAGAACGCCAUCCUCCAGACUGGUAUCGACACCACCAUCCAGAAUGGUCAAGUGACCUAUGAUGCCUGGUGGGAGUGGUUCCCUUUUGCCGCAGCCGACUUCCCGGCCGAGGACAUAAGCGUCUCCGCGGGCGAUAUUCUCACGGUAAGCGUCACCGCAACGAGCGCAACAUCGGGCACGGCGGAGAUCAUCAACCAGAGCACGGCGAUGGCCGUCGUUGAGGACAUUGCCACCUCUCCCAUCGCUCUAUGCAUGUCGGAUGCAGAGUGGAUCGUAGAGGACUUCUCUGUGGGUGGGACCCUCGUUCCCUUGGCCAACUUUGGCACGGUCACCUUCACUGGUGCGUCUGCCGGGACUCCCUCAGGCUCUGUCGACACCUCUAGCGCAAACACUGUCAUAAUAAACCAGAACAACGUGGAUCUUACUUCCGCCUUGAUCUCGGGCUCGACCGUUAUGGUUGCCUACAUCUGA